CAAAACAUUAUGAAUAUUGAAAAACCCUCAGAAUUUGGUGACAGAAGCCCAGAAUCAGGAGAGUAGAAACUAAAGAUAUGGGAGGAGAAAAGAAGGAAGAAAAGGUGAUGGAGGGAGUUGCAUCAUUAGCCCUUUUGCCGAGUGGCUCUAUUUCUGGCCUUUUUAUUCAGCUCCCAAACUCCAUCUGUUAUGGUCUCCAUGGAAUUGAACUGGAGUGUGAAAGAGAGUGCAGCCGGGGUGAGGAUUACCGCUUGAUCAAGCUGACUGUAACAGAUUUUGAUAGCAAGAAAGAAAGAACUCUCGUAGUAGAGUGCAGAGGACAUGAUGCUGCCAAGAUAUGUACCCCGGAUCAUGCUCACGGGUGGCAGAAGGAUGUCGUGGGUAUGGUGGAAGAGAAGCACGCGAAACACAAAAUUACAGUGCAUUUUGAAUGCGAAACGUUGAAAUCUGAUGAAGCAGCUGAGGACCAUCUCAGAAAAUUCAUGCCCAAGUUUGUUGGGAUGGAUGCUGUUGUCAACAUCGGGCGCAUGACCAUAGCAGGAUUGAAUUUUGAAGCAGACGCUGAAUACGAGCGGAGCGAGAACAAAGCUGUGCAUCCUAAUGUUGCUGAAGCCUUUGGACGGUACCUUGAUUUACAUGAACUAUAUAAUGAGUACAUCAACUCCAAGUUUGGGCAGCAAAUUGAGUACUCUGCUUAUCUUGAUGUGUUUUCAAGAUAUCAAGCAAAUUGAAGUUAACUAGGAUGUGAAAAGAUGUGUGAAAUCUCCAUAACAUGUCACCCGGUCGGGUGAAGUGUGGCUUCAAAAAUCCACCCGGCCGGGUGAGAUCCGGAAGGCAUCGCGAGAGUCCGGGAAGUGCAGAAUUUAUGUCACCCGACCGGGUGAAUUUUCAGUUGUGAAAUUCCACCCAGCCGGGUGGUUGAUUUAUAACUGCGAUAUGGCAAUUUUCUCGGCAGUUUCUGGAGGGUUUUAAGAGCAGAAAAUUGACAAACCAGAAGGAGAAGGGGGGACGAACCAGAGGAGAAGACCAGGAGAGAAGUUUGAUUUUGGAGAGAAGGAGACGGAAGAGUUGGAAAAAGGGAGGUGAAGACAAAUUGGUGAAUUGAAAGUGGCAGUGCUACGUGUUUUAAUUGGAAUAGAAGAAUUAUCAAAGUGAAAUCAUCAUCUUCAAUUUCCAUGGUUCAAUGGGUUUUCCUUCCAUUUUGUAUUGUUCCUAGUUUGACUAUGAGUGGCUAGAAAUCUUAGUGUUACUCCAAACACGUAGAUGGAUAAAUUAAUUGUCUGAUUUAUACUA